AAUGGCCAUGAACAGGGAGAUCUUUUGCUCUCACGCAGAAAAAAUGUUUGGAUAGAACUUUCUGCUUCUCCGUCCUUAAGCCCAAGUGGAAGAAGGAGGAGGGGGCUUUGACGCCGGCGAGCCAUGGCGGGGGCUCUGCUCUCCUCUCCCCAUUAUCUCUGGAGCCCCACUUCUCAGCCCUCGCUUCGCCCCAGGAGCAGGGGACCGCUCGGCACUGGGGCAGUGCGUGUUCUGCCGCCGAGGAGGAGGGCCCGUGUGCUCGCUUCGUGCUCUCGCGAGCCUGCCGCCAUGAACCGCGGUUUGGAGGUGGAGAGGAGGCGCCUUCUCAUGUCCGGGCUCGUGUCUUCUUUCACAAUCGUGCUCCCGAUUUCAGGAGCAUAUGCUGUUAUGGAGACUAAUGAAGACGUAAAAAUGAACACACAAGUUGAUGAGAUCAAUGCAUACUCUUUUCUUUACCCGGUCGAACUGCCAGGAAAGAAAUUUUCCUUCAAAUGGGUAGAGUCCAGAAAACCAGAGCGAUAUUCCUCAGCAGCACCACUAUCACCUGAUGCACGGCAACGAAUUGUAUCGGAGCGAGUUGACAUGAUACAUAAUGUUGUCAUCUCAGUCUCGAUUGGGCCACCGAAUUCACGUUUUUUGCCUUCCAAAGACAAGAGUUUGUGGGAUCCAAAAGAUGUUGCAGAUUGCAUUUUAUCUGAUAGAUCUACCCUGAAGGUGACGACUGGCCAGCGCAUGACAGAGAGUUCUGUCCUUGAUGCACAUGCUACAGAGGUUGACGGAGAACCAUACUGGUAUUAUGAGUAUCUUGUUCGGAAAUCACCAACAAAAUCUGCAUCAGAACCAAAUUUGUUUCGACACAAUGUAACGUGCACUGCUGAGCGUGAUGGGUACCUGUACUCACUGAAUGCUUCCACUCUUAGCAAACAGUGGGAAUCUAUGGGGCCCUUUCUGCAACAGACUGUUGCAUCAUUUCGCCUUCUCCCACCUACAGAAAACUAUGUUCCUCCCUACAAGGAUCCUUGGAGAUUUUGGUGAAUGGAGAUCCUUUUUUGUAGUUACCAUUUUUUUCCUCUUCAGAUUCAGGUUUUAGACCAUAUGUUUUUCACACCAUAUGUUUAGUGAGUGUUGUCCUUUCAACUUGACAGAUAAAAUUCAGAGACCCAUUUUGGUUACACCAAUCCUGUCCGUUCUGAUUAAUUAACAGUCAUAUUCACCUUAA